AUGCCCCGACCCUCCGCCCUCCCCCUCUCCCUCGUGCUCUCCCUCGCAGGGGCCUACGUUAUUGCGCAGGAGGCACCAGCUCCACCAACUUUCAACUGGACGAGCGUGAAGGCCUGCAGUGAGCUUAAGUGGAAGCCAUGCUACCUCCCCAACUUUGAGUGUGCGCGUCUGAACGUGCCGCUUGACUACUCCGCGCCUGACAAGGGCCCCGUCGCUAUCGCGAUGACCCGCUUCCGCUCCACUGCCGACGCCUCUGCCUAUCGCGGCCCCAUCCUGCUGAACCCGGGUGGGCCCGGCGGCAGUGGUGUUGAGUGGGUGCUGCAAGUGGGGCCCCAGAUCGCAAAGGUGGCCGGGCCAGAGUUUGACAUUGUUGGCUUCGACCCCCGUGGUGUCAGUCUUUCCGAGCCAACUGUUUCCUGGUUCGAUAACGACGCGGAGCGCGUUGCUUGGAUCCCGCCUGCCACCAACGCCGUCUAUCACUCUGUCAACGCUUCCGCUGACGCGCUUGCUCGCUUCGCCGCGCGCACCCAGAUCCAGGCCCAACUGGCAGUCGCGCGGGAUACCAAGAACACACUUCAACACGUGACGACAGACAACACCGCGCGGGAUAUGCUCACGAUCACGGAGAAGUUUGGAUUUGAGAAGCUGCAGUUCUACGGCAUCUCGUACGGUACCGUGCUCGGGGCGACAUUUGCGUCGAUGUUCCCCGACAAAGUUGGUCGCAUUGCCAUCGACGGUGUUGUCCCCAUGGACGAGUACUACUCUGGCAAGUUUUUUUUCCUUGCAGCACUUCAAUUGCUCAUUUUCCUUGGGCUUCCAGCGCAAAUGACCAACGCAGUACUAGACGCCGACAAGGCCCUCGAUGCCUUCGCCUCAUCGUGUUUCGAGGCCGGCCCAGAAGCGUGCGCCUUCCACAACAACGCGUCGUCGGCAUCAGCGAUCUCCGACGCCAUCACUGCCCUCUUCACCUCUGUUCAGACCAACCCAGUCGCGGCCUUUGCUGCCCCCGCCGCCGGCGCGUAUGGUAUCGUCGACUACUCCUUCCUCAAGAACGUUUUCUUCCAAAUCCUCUACCGCCCCUACGACCUCUUCCCCGUGCUCGCCGCCGGCCUCGCGAAUCUUGCCGCUGGCAACGCAUCGACGAUCUACGCUGGGGCGAUGCAGGGCGUUCAGCCGUUCACGUGCUCUGCUGACGCUGCCCCGCAGCCACACAGCUUCGAGAGCUUUGUCAGCAUCAUCUGCAACGACGCCGCGGCGCUCAACGACACGCUGCCCGAGCUCGAGGAGAACUACAAGGCGGGUGAGCGCAGCUCGCGCAACUUCGGCGACCUCAUCGCGAACUGGCGUAUGUUGUGCGCCCCUUGGAAGGUGCACCGCGAGGGCCGCUUUUCCGGGCCGUUCGGCGCGGAGAAGACCGCCACGCCCCUGCUCGUCAUCGGCAACACGGCCGACCACGUCACACCGCUCGCGGGUGCUGCCAAGACCGUCAGCUUCUUCCCGGGGUCGGCGCUCCUGACCUACGAUGCUGUCGGGCACACCUCGACUAUCGCCCCGUCGAACUGCGUGUACGGCGUGCUCGGCGCGUACUUCCGCGACGGGACGCUCCCCCCGAAGGACACCGUGUGCCAGCCGGAUGUCAAGCUCUUCGGUCCCCCGCCCACUGAGCCGGCCCCGCCUGCCGCUUCUGGGGAGGCACGUCGUGAGGUCACCCGCCGGGGCCUCGGAGCCGGCAUCACGGGCAUGUGGGGCACGCGCUUCACGCUGUGA